GAACUUGAUGACCUCAGUGUAAGCAGAACUACGUCUAUUAUCAUUCAUUCUGUGUCUAUUCUAUAAAUAUUUAUUAACAUAUUAAAUACAACUUUUGAUUAGCUUAUUUUUUUUUACAACAAUGGAUUUAUAUGAACUUUAUGCAAAUGCUGUGUCAUUAGCUGCUGGUUGUGCAUCUACUGCAAUGAUGUUGACACCCUUGUUGGUAUGCAAAGAAAUUGUGAAAAUGAAAACAUCUGACCACAUAAAUGUAUCUACUUUUAUCGGAGCACUUUUUAGAAGUUCACUAUUUUAUCGUCAGGGCUUCAUCCUGAAUUUACCAACUGUUAUGUUUGUACAUGGAAUGGGUCUAAUAGUUAAUUCAUUUUAUUUAAUGCUUUACUGUUAUUACUCCAAUAAAAAAAAGGAUGUUAUGAAAACUAUACUCAAAGCUAUAAUAAUGAGUUCAGCAUUCUUGAUAUACUCAUUUAUAGAAUCAGCAGAUAAAGUAGCAACACGCUAUCCAAUUAUGGUAUCAAUUGUACAUUUAUCUCUAAUUGGAUGGCCAUUGCUGUCAGUUAGAGAAACUCUUAGAACUAAAAAAUGGUCAGGACACCCUAAACCAAUUCUGAUUAAUACAAUAGUUUUAUGUAUUUUAUGGCUUUUGUAUAGCAUAAACAUAAAAAAUCCUAUUAUUUUUGCUCAAUGCUCAGUGGCACUUUUAUUAAGCUCAACACAACUAGGACUAUUUCUAUUAUAUCCAGCAGAAAAGAUUCAGAGCAAUAAAACUGAAAAACAUGAAUAAUAAAUAUUAUACUUAUUUUAUGAUUUUUUGUUGUAAUUUUUAAAAAUGUUUGUUAAAUAAAAAAAUUACCCUUAAAUAGUGUAAACUAUAAAAUGACUUCUUAAAUGUGUCCAACAUAUUGUAUAAUUAAAAUAAUUUUAGGUUGACAAAAAAAUUAUAUUACUAAUUAUAGUUAUGGUGGAAAUCCAGUUCUUUGAAUGUAAUUUA